UUGAUUUUUUAAAACACAGAUUUGAAGGAAGAAUUACUAUCACCCGGGUGACAGCAGAUAUUGCACUUGCCAAGCGAUCGAUCCUCAACAACCCCAGCAAGCACGCCAUAAUGGAUCGCUCCAACAACCGCUCCAGUUUAGCCCAAAUCCAAGGAGAGGUUGAGAGGAUUUUUGAGUUAGCACGCAGUCUACAGCUUGUAGUUCUGGAUGCCGACACCAUUAACCAUCCUCUCCAACUCAGCAAGACCUCCUUGGCCCCGAUCUUGGUGUAUGUCAAGAUUUCAUCACCCAAGGUUCUGACAAGAUUGAUAAAGACCAGGGGCAAAUCUCAGACUAAACAUUUGAAUGUUCAGAUGGUGGCCGCAGACAAACUGGCCCAGUGUCCCAAUGUAAGUGUUCCCUCUGUAAAUGCUAAAGACAUUAAAAUGUUUUCCAUAUGA